AUGGUUGCAAUCAGUGGCCCGACUAGGGGCGACGUGCCUCCGAAGGCCAGGGUGGACUGGGCACGCCUCACCCGCGUGGGAGCUUUCCGUGGCCGGCCCCUGCAGGACGAGAGGACUGGCCUCAAGACCCAGCCUGCCCCAAUCGAGGUGCCAGCUCAUUCUCCAGCUCUGAGGGCCAUCGGCCAUGCUGGCUGGGAACGAUGGGAGUUGCGGCCCCCCAUGCCCAGAAGGUUCCUUUCCCCAGGUGCCCCGGCCUCAUUCGGUCCCCAUAACCAGUUGCUGUUCUUCCUCCAGGGCACAGGAGCAGUGGACUCAACCCCCUUCUCUCCUUCCCUUCCUCCUCUGCAGGAUCUGAAGAAAUACGGGGCAACAACCGUCGUGAGAGUGUGCGAAGUGACCUAUGACAAAACCCCCCUGGAACAGGACGGCAUCACCGUGAUGGACUGGCCAUUUGAUGAUGGAGCCCCGCCUCCUAGCAAGAUCGUGGAUGACUGGCUCAACCUGCUCAAGACCAAGUUCUGCGAGGACCCCGGCUGCUGCGUGGCCGUCCAUUGCGUGGCCGGCCUGGGACGGGCUCCUGUUCUUGUCGCGCUGGCCCUGAUUGAGAGCGGAAUGAAAUACGAAGAUGCCAUCCAGUUCAUUAGACAGUAAGUGCCCCCUCGUAAAGUCCCAAGCUUCCUGCUAAGCAGCAGAUGAAUGGCCGGCAUUUCCAGCUGGCCAGGCAUCGCUCAGGAGCCGCCGCUUGGCGCGCAGCUCCCAGGGAAAGUCCAGUCUCUGGAUAAAUGGUGACCCUUGCAGCUAAACGCAAACCCUUCCCACCAGAGGUAGAGCUCCGCUUAGUCAUUUAUGCAUGUCUAGAAAUGUGUGGACUGAACCCCUUCAUGGAACCGCGGUGGGGAGGGUGUGGAUUUGAGUUCUUGUCUGUUUAAAAUAAAAUUAAAAACCCUACGCGCAGAAAACU